CUGCAUCUGUGUCUCUGGUUUGUUUUUCCCCCCAGAUCACCAGGUUCUGGAGAUUCACCGGUCUUCUCUUCAUAUCUCUUCUCCAUAUCUUACCUCUUUCACACCCCCCCUUCAGAUAUUUUCUUCAGUUCGCUUUCAGCUACCGCCCAUCAUGCAGAAGGAGAAGUCUGAUGUCGUCAUGCUUGAGCAGACGCAGACGCAUGAUGAGGAGAUUCUGAAGCCCGGCCCCAAGCUCGACUACUCGGGUGCCGCCGAGAAGACUGAUCCCCGCGAGAUUGCUCUUGUUAAGAAGCUGGAUCGCUGGAUACUCCCUAUGCUCUGGUCCAUGUACUGGUUGAACUACCUUGACCGCAAUGCGAUUGCCCUGGCACGUUUGGACGACUUAGAGGAAGACCUGAACCUCGAUAGCACGCAAUACCAGACGUGUGUGUCGAUUCUAUUCGUCGGUUACCUUUUGGGACAGAUUCCAUCCAACAUGUUCCUCACCCGCACCCGGCCUUCACGGUACAUGGGAACUGCAAUGAUGGUUUGGGCGAUUGUCAGUGCCAUGACUGCUCUGUCAAAGGACUUCAAGGGUCUUUUGCUCACACGCUUCUUCCUCGGUGUGACAGAAGCCCCCUACUAUCCCGGCGCCGUCUACAUUCUGUCAUCGUUCUACACACGAAAGGAGGUAGCUACUCGCAUUGCCAUUCUCUACACUGGAAACAUCCUCGCAACGGCCUUUGCUGGCCUCAUCGCAGCUGGCAUUUUCCACGGUCUAGGCGACGUUGCCGGUAUCACGGGAUGGCAAUGGCUUUUCAUCCUCCAGGGUGCCGUGACUUUCGUCAUCGCCAUCGUCGGCUUCUUCCUGCUCCCCGAUUACCCCCACAACACCAAGUGGCUCACACCCGACGAGCGCAUCCUAGCCACCUCACGCAUGGCCGCCGACACCGUAGGCGCCAAGGGCGAUACCUCAGUAUGGGCUGGCUUCAGCCAGGCAGCCAAAGACCCCAUGGUAUGGAUCUUCGCGAUCAUGGCACACAUGCACCUCGCCGCCAACGGUUUCAAAAAUUUCUUCCCCACCGUCGUGGCCACACUUGGUUUCAAUAAGACCAUCACCCUCGCCCUGACAUGCCCCCCUUACCUCGUCGCCGGCGCAGUCACCAUCGCCGUCUCCUGGUCCUCGGGAAAAUUCAACGAACGCACAUGGCACAUCACAAUCUCCAAGUGCGUGGCCAUCUUCGGCUUCGGACUCGCCUGCGCUGACAUCGGCACCGCGGGCCGCUACGUAGCAAUGUGCAUCUUCACCAUCGGCACGUACGGUGUCAACUCGCUAAUUCUCGGCUGGUGCGGAUCGACGUGCGGACAGACGCCCGAGAAAAAGGCCGUUGCUAUUGGAAUUGUUACGACGGUUAUGAACGCUUCGUUUAUCUGGACGCCUUAUCUCUGGCCCAAGUCUGAUGGUCCGAGGUAUAUCAUUGCGCUUAGCUCGUCGGCUGCGUUCUCCUUUGCGACGUUUGCCCUUGCGUGGUUGGCGAAGAUCAUCUUCGUUAGGAAGAACAAGGCGCUCCGUGAGUCUAACGAUGAGACUAUGACCUUUUACGUCUACUAGUUGGUCGUGUCUACUGGGCUGUACGGGUGAACUUGCUGGUGUGGCACCAUGGAUUGUGGAUGAACGAUGAACGGAUCCUUGGGUGGAUGGAUAAGAUGGAUAUGAGAAAUGAAUUUUAUGACUUUCAAUGCUUCUACGAGUGCG